GAGCCAAAUCCAGCCACUUGGCCACUUGGCUCCUCCACUCAUUGCCAGUCUCGCAGAAGCGCUCAAAGCGUUCGGACACCAGUCAGCACAGCGGAGCAGCGGAAUAAGAAAGAAACUGAACGUGAACUGGGAGUGACUUUCGUGUGCCAGAGCUGGAGAAAGGCCUGUGUCUGGUGGUGGUGGAGAGCCCGGAUCAGCAAGCAUUUUUGCAGGUCGUAAAAAACAGGCGGGGCAAUUUUCACCGAUGACAUUGAUUCUGGGCCAAUGUGCAGCGUCAUUGGUGGGUUCAGGGCUAUCGGGGAUUACAGCUAGAGCUGGUAGCUGUGUUGGUAGCUUGCUAUCAGGCAGCUUGUAAACCCAAAAAACCAGUUGAAGGGCAACGAGACCAGCUGCAGAGCGAGAGAAACUCGGCGCGCAGGCGUGCACGUGCACAAGACUCACUCGGAGAGCGGGUUUCAACCGAAAGUGGGACAAGACCAGAACCAACACCGCCAGCUGAGUGCCACCAGUGCUCGCCAAACUGUGCGCGGAAGUGUUAAAUUCACUUAAACGAGAUUGCAUAAGCACCCAAGAAACCAGCCAAUAAAAGAAAUAAAACCAUAAUAAAUGUACGUAAAAAAAAGUGUAAAAAUGUGUGAAAAUAAUAAUAGCAGCCGAUAACACAAAAGACACGCUUUGUUCGUCGUCGACGUCGUGACUCUGGCGGGCGAAAACCCAAACUUGCACUGGGCAAAGACACCAAACAGCACAGAGCACACUCUACAAAAAAAACCAUAAAGGCCAGCUGGAUGCAAAGGAAAAUCAUUGCAGGCCAAAAUUAAGCACGUAAAAUAAUGUCCAAGCAGUGGAAAAUAAAUUCACUUUCGUUGCUGCAUUGCCUGGCAGCGUGGCUAACUGUGGCGACGGCAUUGCAACAACCUCCGCAGCAACUACUGCAGCAACCAGGAGAUACUGCAGCAACAUUAGACAGCACAAGACUCUUGAAUGCAACUUUGGAUGGUGGCAUGGCUGCCACUUUCAUCGACAACACCAGCAGCAAUAUCAACAGCAAUCACAUCAACAGCCAUGAAGCCCCCUCUUUCGAGCCACAACAGCAGCAACAGCAACAGCAGCAGCAGCAACAACAACCAACAAUGCAAUUUGCACAUAUAACGCCAUUAGAUAAAGAAGUAGUCGAUCGGCUGAUUAAGCAGUGGGCACCCAUCGUCUGGCUGGCGCCCGAAGAGAAAUUCAUGCCACUGGGCGUGGAGGAGUUCCUGCAGUACGUUCAUCCCAUGGACAAGGACAGCAGCUUCCGACCGGGAGUGCCCUUUAGCGAAUACUCAACCAGGUCCCAUUUGGUCACAAACGGCGAGAUACAGGAUUUGUUGGAGAACAAAAACUCGUUUCUGUACGGGCGGAAUCCCAAUGAAAAACCGGUGCCCAUCUAUGGUGUGGUCACCAUGUGUCCAACGAGAAGGGAGCAACCUGUGCCGCCUCCGCCGCCGCAGCACUCUGCUCCGCCAGUCAGCACGCGGGGUCCCUACAUUCCUGUCUCCAUUGAUCCCCUUGAGGAACGCAAUGACACCGUUCGGAGAUCCUCAAGACUUUUCCCGCUCUUCCAACGGGUAAAACGAGAAGUUCCAGUGAAUCCCAAGUACAAUCCCCUCAACGAGUACGAGGAGCUGGUAAUGGAGCCCACCCAGAAGCCCCAAACAGAGCAGGAGCAGCAGUCAGAGCCAGAGACUGCUGUGCCGGUGAACAACUUCAUAGCCAAUCUGGCGGACAAUGUCAAGUUCAGCGGCGGUACAGAUCCCGAUGACAAUCUGGAGGACAACAGCAUUGGCAAGGCCCCCGAACAGGAGGCGAAUACGGGAAAAGGCAAGCUGCCAAGCUUCCAUGUCACCUACUGGAUGUUCUAUCCCUACAGCCAGGGCAAGACCAUGUGCACCGUGAGUCUGGGUCCCCUCGGAAGGAUUCCGUUCCCCGCCGUCUAUGGCUAUUGCUUGGGCAAUCGCAAGGAUAUUGGCAGUCAUGUGGGAGAUUGGGAGCACAUGAGCCUGUACUUUAAUGGGGAUGCAGAGCCGCAGGCCAUGUAUGUGUCGGCCCACGAUGCGGGAGCCUAUUAUAGCUACAAUCGACUGACGGGCUCCUUUGAGUUCCGCCGCCAGGAGACACGCAAGGGAAUCCUGCAGCGUCCAAACUUUCCCAAAACUGUGACGACAUUCAAGAACCAUCCGGUUCUGUUUGCUGCCAAGGGCUCUCAUGGUCUGUGGACGGCGCCUGGGAAGCAUAGAUUUGUUAAGGUGGCCCGUCUGUACGAUAUCAACGGAUUUGGAACGCCUUGGAACACUUGGAAGUCCGUGGACAUAAGCUAUGAGAAUGUGAGAUCCUAUGGCCGCUCAUUGGUGCCCGAUUGGCUUACAUAUCGAGGCAAGUGGGGCAAUCCGAAGAGCAAGUGUCAUCCCUUCCGGCGUAUAGGCCUGAAUUUCUGCGAGUUCACGGACGGACCCACUGGUAUACCGCUCAAGGAGCCCCACUUUCAAUGCGGUGCUGACUAUCGCUGAGGACAAAGGAACCCCUUGCCUAGGCUUAGUCUAAUGUUUAGUAAAGUAUUUAUUGUGAAACCAAAACCCAAAAAGAGAUCCCAUUAAUGACUAAAAAUGCAAAAGUAAAGGAAAAGUGCGAUUUUCUUUGUUAUUUGGUGUCAUAAAAUCAAGGAUUGAAUAUUGAAAAAAAAGUAUUGAAGCUUCCAAGGAUAAGGCUUAAAAUGACAAGCUCGGAUUCUCAGUCUUGGGCCAGGCAGUUGAGUUUUGAAUAGGGAUAUAUCGAUACUGCACGAUUGAUAUGUGUGUGAUCGAUAAUCUGUUUUAUAUAACAAAAAUAUUAACAAAUAAACAACCUUGCGGAUAUAAAAUUGCCAAUAAAAUACCCGGAAAACAAAGAUCAUGAGCAGCAUCGACAGAGCUUAAAGAUCGGCGUGUUCGGAUGAUCAGCGACAUGCCGGCCACCCUGAGAUCGCCCUACGACUCUGCGUCUUGUUUUCUUUAUUUAUUUUUCUCUUUUUUAUCACUUUGAGCAAUGUAAAAUGUGUAUGAGCCUUCUUCAAGUCAAUUACCACUGCCCUUACUCAUUGAAAACAAAAAACCGUAUACGAAAACCUCACCUAAGGUCACUUAUAAUUUCUAAUUUUGAUGAGAACUCUACACACUUUCGCCAGAGCUGAAUAAGGGAAUAUUGCGGCUUGAUCUCCAUUCGGAGGACUUCCC